AUACCCACCUCCAUAAAAUUGGCAAUGAUUCUAGGUAAUUUCCUUAAUUUGAUAAAAUAAGUUGUUUGCUCCAUAUCCGGGAUCCAUGCCAAUUCUCAGCUGAUUAUAUCGACAAAAAUGAGGGUCUUCACUGUAUAGUUGGUUAUUACCCUGAUGGCAUUCGGACAAAGCAUAAAGCCGUUUUCUUGUCAUUGGUGAGCGCGAAGACAACAGAUUCGAUAUCAGAUUUGUGGUUAAUUUCAAACAAAAUUGAAGCUUGAUAUAAAGAUGGUCAAUGAAAGCGUUUUUCCCACUUCAUCAUCCAGCCCAGACAUGGCGAAAAACAACACUGAAGAAGGUCUAAGUUUCUAUAGCAAUCUAAACUUUGUCCACCUCGUGGUUUAUCUUAUCGUCACUUUAAGCAUCGCCAUCGCGGGAAUCAUUGGUAACUCCAUCGUAAUUCUUGCCAUCAUUCUCUCUCGCAAGCUCAGGUCUACUCUAAACUUCUUCGUCCUAAACCUUGCAUGUGCAGAUCUCUUGAUAUCGGUCUGCAUCCCAUGUGACGUUGCAAACCUCCUGCUUCCUGAGAGCAGAGAAAUUCGAUUUUGGUUGUAUGCCAUUUUGACGGGUAUCGCGGUCAGUCUUACGACUCACGCAUUUAUUGCGUUCACCAGCUGGUACCUGAUCACAACGAGCCAUGCCAGAUCAAAGAAUCUCUACACCACUCGGAACAUAACCAUCAUGAUUUCUUUCACAUGGCUCUUUACCAUAAUCGUUGCAAGCAUAAUACAUGCUGCCAACAAAGCGGGCUAUUAUAGAGCUAUUGUUGUUGAAGGUACUUAUAUAUUAGCCCAUCUUGUAGUCAUCAUAGUCAGCUAUCUGAAGCUUUGGUGCUUUGUCGCAAAGCAGGAGAAGAACCUAAAACUACGGCCCAACGGAAGUAAGCAAAAUAAUUUUAGUGUGUCUACGAUGAGUGAUAACAGGAAUGGCGGUCAGUCUGUGGUUGAUUCUUCAAGUGACAACACCGCUGUAGAAGCUUCAGAUCUUGAGCAUUGCCCAAGAACGGAACAUGAGCAUCGAUCCAGAAGAAAGGUUUCCACUGACCGACAAAGAGCAGAACGUGCUCUUCACAGGAAGACAAAGACAAUGGCUGUCACCAAAAGCCUUUUAAUCGUUCUCGUUAUUUUCAUCAUCUGCUUCAUUCCCUAUCCUUUCACCUUAUGGCUCGAUCCACAUUUCUCUAGCGUACAACCGUGGGGUGUAGCACUCAUGUUCUUCAACAGUUGCAUCAAUCCCAUUAUUUAUGCGGGAAAGAUCCGUGGAUUCAGGGAAGUGAUGGUCUGUAUCAUCGGCUGUAGGUGUAGAAGCAUGCCGAUGCCCGUCGAGUGGUUUCGAAAAUUAAGAGACUCUGGAUGAAUCUUUCCUGAAAAUUAUGUAUUAUUGCUGAUGGCAACAUCAUUUUAAAACAAUGCUUUGUGAAAACACCCCACCCUCAGAUUUGAAUCAGCGUAAAUCUUGUACAACUGUCAAUUUGACAGAGGUAGACUUUGAUUGCUUCUGUAAGAUUGUGGUGGGCGGUGUCAUCAAGAGAUAGAGAGAAAAAAAGAUUGUGGACGUUUCCCUUCCUUCACGAGUAUUUAACUGUCGUUAUGUGCGUAUAUAUCACGGUCAGUACUUCCACUAUCUGCAGUUUCUUUCCCCUUAAUCUAUCUCCCGGAAUUCUCUUGAAAAUAUGUCCUCUUUUCCCAUUUCAAUUUUUUUUUUUUUUUUGUAUACCCAAUAUCACUUAUGUGAAUUGUCAAAGUUGUUAUAAAAAAUUAUAUUAACGUACAUGUAUCGCUAACAGUAUAGUUCAGUGAAGUGGUUAUGUUGUGAACUGUGUAUGAUUCUGGAGCCAAUUAUUCCGUUUAGAGGUGCAAUAUCAUGGCUCCGAAUUCAGAGUAGGAAUUAAAUUCGGAAGGCGGUAUCCUGAUUAUUAAACGUAGGUUUAACUGUUAUCUGGAAUUUCAUACUACACUUCUAUUACAUGCUUGGCUUGAUAUUAUUUCUUCCAUAUUCUCGGCAAUUAUAACGUACAAUUUUAUUCAUUAUCAAUUUCGUAUUAUUCAUGUUCUUGUAUUUUCAUAUUCUUCGCAUUUCACAACUCAAUAAUUUUUUUUUUAUAGUUCUCAUUUUUGCUAUUUUUACUAUUUUCAAUAUCCCUUUUUAUCUUGCAUGACCAUUAUGUACGGUUGUUACUUGACUUAUCGAAAGCGUUUGAUACAAUAGAUCAUGAAAUACUUUUAUGUAAGCUAUCAAAUUAUGAUAUCAGGAGGGGGGCAGCUUUACAAUGCUUUAGGAGUUAUCUUGCUGAUAUAAUUUACUUUGUUACCGUAAAUGAAUCAGAAUCUCCAAAAAGGCCAGUUGCCUGUGGAAUUCCACAAAGUAUUAUUCUUGGCCCUCUGCUAUUUGUACUUUAUGUAAAUGACAUGAAAAAUCUGUCUCAUGUUGUAUCAUUUAUCCUUUUUGCUGAUGAUUCCAAUAUUUUUUUACACACACCAUGAUCCACAUUCCCUUGUGAGCACUAUGAAUGCAGAAUUUAAAAGAGUAACAUACUGGAUUAAAGCCUACAAACUGUCAUUGAAUCUGCAAAAAAAAACUACAUGCUUUUUUAGUCAUUCAUUGAAACAUCUGCUACAUAAAAAACUUUCAGAUAAUACUGUAAUGAAAGGAGUGCUAACAACAAUAUUUUUAGGUCUAACUAUUGAUAAGACACUUACGUGGCAAUAUAUUUUGCAAAACUGUGGCGAGAAAUAUUUGAGUCAUCAACAAUCUUAAACACUUUCUUCCAGCACAGGCACUAUCCAAUCCAUGUUGUAUUGUGCGAUGAUUCUACCAUAUCUUCCUUAUGGGAUUCUGACAUGGGGAAAUGCCUCAAACGAAACUCAACAAAGUGUUUCUCCUCCAGAAAAAAUACUUAAAAUUAUAUGCAAAAUGCCCUUUAAAGCUCAUACAGAUGAAUUGUUUCGUCAAAAACGUACCCUUAAAAUCAGUGACCUGUACUGCUUACAACUAUUUCAAUUUAUGUAUCAGCUAGGUAGAAAUAGUGUAUCGAAUGUCCUACAAAAUGAAUUUAUAAGAAAUGAUCAUUUGCAUUCAUAUAAUACUAGAAAGUCAAAUGACUGUCAUUUACCUAAAGCAGAACAAUAUUUUUUUUAGCAAAACUGCAUUUGCCACAGGACCCAAAAUAUGGAAUUCUCUGGACAGAGUAAUACAAGAGGCAGCUAAUCUGAAUGGAUUUACAUUUCUAAUAAAAUCAUUUUUCUGAAUUUUUACUGAUUUAGUCAAAUAUGUUGUAAACUUCAUACCUUUCCACGGUGGUGUUGACUAUUUUAAAGUCAAUAUAUAAUUUCGUAUAUAGUGUAUAUACAUUCGUGUUACAGAGUUUAUAUCUACAUGUAUAUCAAUCUAUAGAGUUUUGCUCAAUUUAUAUCAUAUUAGACCUUUGUAUUAAUUUUCGAUAGGGGUUUACAUCUUACAAGCUUGCUUUUCAGUAAGCCUCCACUUUUUCCAUUUUGUUGGUACGUCUUAAAACUGCAAAUGUUAUGCAGUUUAUGUAUUUUUUCAUUGGAAAUUAUUUUUUUGACAUGUAUACUCAUGUCAUGAUUGUGAUGAUUGUUGAAUAUGAAUAAUAAUGAAUGAAUAAAUAUAUAAAUAAAACCCCCUACGAGCUAAUUAAUCUUUUAUCAUGCUGAUAGAUGUUUUAAUGGAUAAAUAAAUAAAUACUCGAAUGAAUUAAUGAAUAAAUAAAU